ACGAUUUGAAAGCUCGCGCGUGCGCAGUGCCGUGGGGUGGGAGCGGGCGCGCGAACCCAGUGCGCACGCUCGUGGAGACACCCGCGGCCCGUCGUGGUGUGCACCCGUACCGCGCCGUACGUCGCACGCCAGUGGGUAUUGCCGCCAGACUGCCGCCAGACUGUCGCCGGACUCCCUGUUGUAAAUGGUGGAGGGCUCGUUGUCAUCGUCCCUUCGGUAACAUCAGCAGGCCAAAAUGUAUAAGGUUCAGGUGGUGUUUAAUUCCCUGACCCCGCUGGCUCCGAGGGUCUGUGGUGCCAGGAAAUUUGUAUCGUGGUUAGUACGAAGCGAUCCCGUAACCAGAAGUAGCCAAGUUAUGGUAUCGGAGCCAUUGAGAAGACACAACAGCCGUGUGGCUACGGAACCUUUUCUCAAUGGCAGUUCCAGCUCUUACGUCGAAGAAAUGUACAACGCCUGGCUACAAGAUCCACACAGUGUUCACAUAUCUUGGGACACAUUCUUCCGCAACAGCACGGCCGGGGCUGGGCCUGGUUCGGCUUACCAAGCUCCACCAUCUCUCGCUGGGAAUUUUAAUCAAGUUCCUCUGGGUUCCCUGCUACCGCUCGGCAGCGGAUCACAAAUUGGCCAAGCACCACUGAAUGAAAAAAUAAUCGACGACCAUCUGGCGGUACAAGCUAUCAUUCGCUCCUACCAGAUUCGUGGUCAUCAUAUCGCUAAAUUGGACCCACUGGGCAUCAACAGCGCCGAUCUCGAUGACAGGCAUCCCCAAGAGUUGCUCUAUAAUUAUUACUCAUUUGGAAAGAAUCCUCGUACUACUUACUCGCAAGAGCUUCGAUAUCGAGUAGCCGUUCUUACAGAAAAGGAAUCGGAUAUGGAUCGCGUAUUCAAGUUGCCGUCGACGACAUUCAUCGGGGGGAAAGAAAAAUCUCUGCCUCUGCGGGAAAUUCUCAAAAGAUUGGAGACUACGUACUGUCGGCACAUCGGAGUCGAAUUUAUGUUCAUCAAUUCCUUGGAGCAGUGCAAUUGGAUUCGCCAGAAGAUGGAAACACCCGAAAUCAUGGAAAUCGAUAAUGAUGAGAAGCGUUUGAUCCUUGCUCGAUUGUCUCGUGCCACGAUGUUCGAAGCAUUUUUGGCGCGCAAGUGGUCAUCGGAAAAGAGAUUUGGCUUGGAAGGUUGUGAAAUUCUGAUUCCCGCCAUGAAGCAGAUAAUUGAUAAAUCAACGGAACUCGGUGUCGAAUCGAUCGUCAUGGGAAUGCCUCAUCGAGGUCGUCUUAAUGUCUUGGCCAACGUCUGCCGCAAACCCCUGAAUCAAAUAUUUACCCAAUUCGCUGCUCUCGAAGCUGCGGACGACGGAUCUGGUGACGUAAAGUACCAUUUGGGUACGUACAUUGAGCGUCUGAACCGCGUGACGAAUAAGAACAUACGCUUGGCUGUCGUUGCAAAUCCAUCGCAUUUGGAGGCGGUUGAUCCCGUAGUUCAAGGCAAAACACGUGCAGAACAAUUUUAUCGCGGAGACGGCGAGGGCAAAAAGGUCAUGUCUAUUCUUCUUCACGGUGAUGCUGCCUUCUGCGGUCAAGGAGUCGUUUUCGAAACGAUGCACUUGUCGGAUCUGCCAGAUUACACAACUCAUGGGACCAUCCAUAUCGUCGUUAACAAUCAAAUUGGUUUCACCACUGAUCCGAGGCACUCGCGCUCGUCACCAUACUGUACAGAUGUUGCUCGUGUGGUAAAUGCCCCCAUUUUCCACGUGAACUCCGACGAUCCAGAAGCGGUCAUGCACGUGUGUAAGGUCGCCGCCGAGUGGAGAUCCACGUUCCACAAAGACGUCGUUAUCGAUCUCGUAUCUUACAGGCGGAACGGUCACAACGAGAUCGAUGAGCCAAUGUUUACCCAACCUCUGAUGUAUCGUAAGAUUAAGAAUACACCGCCUGCCAUUGAUCUUUAUGCUAAAAAACUCGUUGAUGAGGGCGUAGUUACUCAAGAAGAGGUCAAGAAAGUACACGAGAAGUAUGAAAAGAUUUGCGAGGAAGCGUAUACCAACGCUAAGCAAGAAACUCACAUCAAGUAUAAGGAUUGGCUGGACUCCCCAUGGUCUGGAUUCUUUGAAGGCAAAGACCCAUUGAAAUCUUCGCCGACGGGCAUUAAAGAGGACACGCUCGUUCAUAUUGGAAAGAAAUUUUCAUCGCCUCCCCCUAAUGCUGCCGAAUUUGUCAUUCACAAAGGUAUCGAACGUAUUCUCAAGGCUCGAAUGGAAAUGGUCGAGUCUCGACAAAUUGAUUGGGCUCUUGGAGAGGCCAUGGCAUUCGGUUCGUUACUUAAGGAAGGUAUUCACGUGAGACUGUCCGGUCAAGAUGUCGAGAGAGGAACAUUCUCCCAUAGACAUCACGUUCUGCAUCAUCAAACCGUUGACAAAGCGACGUAUCGGCCACUCUGCUAUCUCUAUCCGGAUCAAGCCCCCUACACAGUCUGCAACAGUUCCUUAUCGGAAUAUGGCGUUCUUGGAUUCGAGCUCGGUUACUCGAUGACGAAUCCCAAUGCUCUUGUAAUUUGGGAGGCGCAAUUCGGAGAUUUCAACAACACUGCUCAAUGCAUUAUCGAUCAGUUCAUUAGCAGUGGCCAAGCAAAAUGGGUACGACAGUCCGGCCUCGUUAUGUUACAGCCGCACGGUCUUGAAGGAAUGGGCCCCGAGCACUCAAGCGCUCGUCUCGAAAGAUUCCUGCAAAUGUCGGCAGACGAUCCGGACUAUUUCCCACCCGAGAGUGAAGAAUUCGCGGUACGACAGCUUCACGAUAUCAAUUGGAUCGUUGCCAAUUGCAGCACACCAGCCAAUCUUUUCCACAUCCUUCGUCGACAGAUUGCACUGCCUUUCCGUAAACCCCUCAUUAUCAUGACGCCAAAGUCGUUACUUCGCCACCCUGAGGCCCGUUCGAGCUUUGACUCGAUGCUGGAAGGAACUGAAUUCCAAAGAGUUAUUCCAGAGGAGGGUAUCGCGGCCCAAAGUCCCAAUAACGUUAAGCGACUUCUCUUCUGUUCCGGAAAGAUUUAUUACGACCUGAAGAAGGCGCGAGCUGAAAGAAAGCUGGAUGAUGGUGUAGGAAUCGUGAGGGUGGAACAGAUAACUCCGUUCCCCUAUGAUUUAAUAAAGAAAGAGGUAGCGAAAUACCCUAAUGCCGAAUUAGUUUGGGCCCAAGAGGAGCAUAAAAAUCAAGGAGCCUGGGGCUAUGUUCAGCCCAGAUUCCACACAGCUCUUAAUGGCUCUAGAAACGUUUCUAUCACGAGUGCAAAAGGUAAUGGUGGGGGAUGGUUCAGUAGCUGGUUCUCUUCGUCCAAAUCGUCAGAAACAACUACUGCUUCUGAAAGAAAUGUGACAGAACCAUCAAAACCAAAACCACAAACGCUUAGGUACGCUGGUCGUCCUGUCGCAGCGUCACCGGCCACCGGUAGUAAAAUGCAGCAUCUUAAAGAAUUGAAGCAACUGUUUGACGACUCUUUUAAUGUUUAAUUCUUCUUAGAUUUGUAUAAAACAAAAUUUAUUUAUUUUCCUCCGAUUCAACCCUAAUGUUAAUACGGUAAUCGCCCGCGCUAUAAAUAUUUAAAAAUCUUCGGUGAACUUUCAUUCUUAAAUAAUUCUCAUAGGGCCUUGGCAACUAGCAUUACGAGCGGUGCUAGUGAUGUUUUGAGCCAAUGUGAAACUCAACUAUUAACGAAAUCUACAUGAAAUAUUGGAAAAUCGUUGUUAGCUUUGUAACGAUAAUUAUCAAACUAUUACGAUAACGAGUCGAGUUUGUUUGAGUUGGCUUGAGUUUCUCAGUGGCUUUAAUAACCAAAGGCACACGAAACUGUAUUUUUCUGUUCAUACCUUUAAAAUCAAUUUCGUGAAAAUGUAAUAAAACUACUAUACUAAAGUAUUAUAUUAAAUUUAAACGCUGAGCUUGUAAGAUGAAUGCGCUUAAGCGUGCACACGAUUCCGUUACACUAGGAGAUUCUUCGCAUAACAUUGGACUUCAAUGUUGAAGAGAAAAAAAAAAGAAGUUUUUUCUAUAAAAUAGAAAAGAGAACUGCCAAUCGUUUUAACUUUUUAUAAUUGUUAUAUUUUGUAAAAAAUUUAAGCGAUUGGUUAAUCGUUGAGUGAGUGCUAUAACGGCGUUAGCCUAAAAAACGGUGGUAAAAAACACGUAUAAAUAUACAUACGCAUUUUGUGUGCGCAUGUAUGGCUAUAUGUAUGUGUAUAACGCGAUGGAGUAGCCGAUGAUAAUUGCAAUGUACGUUUUAAUAUUUAUUUAAUUUGAAUGAAAAACAAAAACAAAACAAAAAAAAAAACAAAAAAAAAAACGAGCUACUUCAUAUUGGAUACAGCAUAAUUUGCAAGGACAGUAUUUCAUUAUCACAAGUUCCUUAUAAUUUAUAAGGUAUUUUCGUUUAACAAUUAAACAGAUUAUUCCGAAGAUAAUAAUUGUCCCAGAUGAAGUGUAGAACGAAUCAUUUAUUAAUGAAACUAUGAGAAAUAUAAAGAAAUUGAAUGAAUAUGUGUAAUGGCGCUGCGACAGAGUUGUUUGUCAUUUCUGGCGGGAACUAGAUGUGAUUUAACAAGGGAGGUGGUCGAAUGUAAUUUUAAACCUGAUAUCCUCAGCGAUAAUUUAUUAAUAGAGAUUUUAUGUCCAAUAUGUUAUGUGCUUUUUUUCGUUACACGGUUAAAGUUAUAUAGAUCGUGUGCAAUACAUACUUAAGCAUACUAGUAUCAAAAAGUAGCUAAUGAUCAGUUGGUGAACGUUAAAUUAGGUAAUAAAUUAUAUUUUAUCGAUUAAGAAAAAUGAACAAAUUUACAUUGCACUUCAUUGUAGCAAAUUAAAUAUGCAAUUAAAUUAAAUCUUCCACCAGAUUAUUAUCCUCUUGGUGCUUAUUCUUUCGAGUAUCCCCUCAUUAUCCAUCCUGUGCCGUUGAAAAUGUCGGGAUCAAUGAAAAGUAAAUGUAAACUUCGUGUUAAUCCAUUUAUUUAUUAGGAAUCUUAUAAUAGUUUGAUUUCAAAUAGACUUAUAACAUAUGUACAUAAGUAUGCACGCGCACGAGUAUCAAUUUUUUUUUUCUUUUCCUUUUUGUUUCUUUACAACUAGAUUUUCCUCGUAGUUGCUUAACUCAUUUUAAAAGCAUUUUUAACAUCGUCUUAAGAAUUAAAGUUUUCAACGUUCAAUAAGUACAAGUUUCCUUAAGUACAAGAGAGCUAACACAAUGUUGCAGACUAUGUAAAAACGGAAGAAGCUAAAAAUUAGGCUUUCGUUGGGAAUAAAAAAAUAAGUUUGAUCUAGAGCGAUUUCACGUGUAAAAAUAAAAUCUCUGAUUUACAUUUUUUUUCUUUCUUUUUUUUUUAACAAUCGAUCCCAUAUUCUUUAUCAUGUACUAAAAAAUUUCGUGUAUAAUAUUUGAUUUGCUUGGGGGGGGGGGGGGGUUCUUGUUUAAUAAU